CAUGCGUACUUGCCUUCUGCCCUCAGUUGUUUUUUAAUGAGUAUCUAAACUAAGAGUUCGGUCAGUGAAAUCUGGUACCGUUCAGUCCGUUUCAGUUGUGGUCUCGGUGGGUUUCCUGUAGUGACUCUGGCUGGAUGAUUUGGGAAAAGAAUGUCAGAGGAAUCUCACGUUAAAUCCAGCAGUCCUGCUUCACCCUGUAGGCUCUAAAUCAGAGCUUCUCGGUUUCAAGUGAAGCCUUAAUCUGCUUUAGGAGAACAAGGCAGAUGCUCUUUUAACAGAGCGAUGUAUGGGGAAUGUUUUCCCACAGGUUUAUGGCCUCUGGAGGAAGAGUGAAUGUGGGUUUUUUCCAUUUGAUUUGUGCCUCACCUCACACAGACUGUAUGUGUAAUCAUAAGGAUCUUCUUAAUUUCUCUGCUGACCAGAAAAUGAGUUCACAGGCAUGUGAAGACCACAAUGUUGGCAGAGCGCUGGUCAGUGAGGAUGACUCUGAAGAAGGAUCCAGACAAGACGAUUCUCUGGCCUGGAAUGAGCUGUCCAUUAUGGAGCGACUGGGCCCCAACAGUGUUGACAUGACGGAAGAAGACUUGGAGAAUGCCUUUUCCCAGCUGGCCCUGGCCUUCCGCUGUGAUCAGUACACCCUGGACCAGAGACUGCAGGCAGAGGAACAUGCUCGCAACAAUGCUGAGGAGAACCUGAUGCUGGAAGUAGAGCGAGGGCAAGACCUGCUGGAGGCUCUGAAGGGAAUGUGUUUGGACAUAAAGCGGGCAAAAGUCAUCCAGAGUUUAGAACUGUGUCUGAACAUUAUAAGAGGCACCAUUGAGCGAAUCGCGAACACAGCUGAAGUUCUUGGGGCCGUCCACCAGGAGGCCAAAGUAAGCCGUGCGGUGGAGCUGAUGGUUGCUCAUGUGGAGAAUCUCAGGCGUCGCCACGAAAGAGACAGUGUGGAGUUGGAGGAGAUUAAGAAACAGAUGCAGAAGAGCAGUAGAGCCCGACAAGCCUCUGAAAUCUGGGAAGAAGUAGAGUCUGGGCAACCUGAGAAAGACUCCCAUCAGCAUGCUUUGCGGCGCAGAAUCAGUGCAGCUGUCAUCUUGAAGGGGGACCAGAAGACACAAAGAGGAGCAGAAUCACACCCUUUGUCUUCAGAAGAGGUUGCUAGCACAAGUUCAUCAUCACAGGUCCAGAUUACUGACUUGACAGGAUCCAGUGAAGCCAACCCAAAUCAAAAGAACUGUCAGCUUGAAGAUGGAAGUAGACGAUUGGAAUGUGCAGAAGAUGGAUCUUCAGCCAUGUGUCACGCCUGCACUCAUCCCUCCUCUCCUCAGUAUUUCUUACCUGAACAUCAGCAGGAGUAUGACAAUGUCCAAAUUCUCCACAGGCCACUCUCCAUGUUACCUCGGCCCAGGCUGAAGAGUAAAUCGUCGCUGGAGAUGAACUCCUUGUGGGUCAGAGGACCAAAGCACAGUGUCAGUGUGUGCAACACAUUCACAACUGGUCUGCUGCACCCCUUGAUGCACUGGAUGUGUCACUGCCGCUGGAUAAUAACUGUCAUUUACCUCAUAGUGCUGUGCUCCAUCAUCAUAUUAGCCAUCCUAUUUUGGCUUCUUCGAGCUCCUGUGUUAUGGUUGUGAAUCAAAAGCCAUGACAAAUGUAUGGCACAGUCUUUGGGAUAAAACAAGUCUUUGUUUUCAGCCAAUGAUCUGAUGUUUUAGGCAUUAACCAUUUUUUAAACAGUUGUGUGUGUAUAUGUGCUGGAAAAUGAAAAUAGCAUCUUACUGAUCAUUUAUAUUAUUUUAUUAUAAAUAACAUAAAAUCCAUAUUAAGUGGUUAGUACACAAAUAUAACGAAGUGAUGACUCGCUGCUGAAAAAAGAAAUAACCGCUUGUAUUAAGACUAACAGGCAGUCUAUAAAACAGGCAUAAUACAAAAACAGCACAGUAGCAUCUAGUAAAAACAUCUCAAAGUGUUAGAAAAAGACUGAGAUUAAUUUAAAAACAAUAAUUAAAACAUAAAUAUUACAUAAACUCAUAAUGUAUUACAUUAAAUAAUUGGGGCUCUAAAACACUAGGAAAUCCUUCAUUAUGCAAAACUGUGUACCAGACACAAAUAUAUACUUGACAAUAUCAUUUUCAGGGGACUCGUUUUGAAAAAGAAAUUGUA